CUUCGGGCAGUUACGGAGUAAAAUAAUCGGUUUCCUCUACUAUACAAGCCCAAUAAGUGACUAAUUGACGUCGUACUAAUUUCACCUGAACAGUCAGCUGGUAAAUUUUCACCCAAAUUUAUAGAGAAGAGAAAGAAAAUUACUGAGUGAUUUCAGUCUUGGAUGAGAGGUUAAUUGGGGUUGUGCGACAAUUUUUGAAAUCACGGUGAACCAUGGCUACUGUGCCAUUGCUGUUGGCGGAGGAGGAUGUGGAGAAUGGGGGAAAAUCAGAUGACUCCUCCAACAUACAAAAUGAUUUUGCUUAUCGCAAUAAUGUCCACAAUGCGCACAUCAAAAUUCGCAUGGCAUUCCUGCGGAAGGUAUACGGCCUCAUCUCCGUGCAGCUGUUGCUGACAGUUGUCAUUUCUGCUGUUUUUAUUUUAUGCGAGCCUGUCAAGCAAUGCGUCCAGCAAAACUCAUGGAUGAUGGGAGUAUCGUUUUUCGCAACCUUUGGAAUCCUGAUUGCCCUACACUUCAAGAGAAGAGAGCAUCCAACCAAUUUAAUUCUCCUUGGCGCAUUUACUAUCAUCUUAUCUUACUCUGUAGGAACUGUCGUAACCUUCUUCGACGUCAGUCUAGUGCUUCAAGCAAUGUUUAUUACAAUGGCUAUUGUUAUUGGACUGACCGUUUAUACUUUCCAGUCAAAACGAGAUUUCUCGUUCUUGGGAUUCGGCCUGUUCGCUGGUCUCAGUGCUCUACUAAUUGGUGGCAUCAUGCAACUAUUCCUCCAGAGUCCCAUUUUGGAGCGGCUGACAACUAUAGGUGGUGCUAUUCUCUUUGCUCUUUUCAUAAUCUACGACACCCACAUGCUGAUGCAUAUCCUCUCCCCCGAGGAAUAUAUCCUAGCUGCAAUCAACAUCUAUCUCGAUAUUAUUAAUUUAUUUUUACAUAUUCUGCAAGCACUAGCUGCUGCUAAACGAUAAACUCAUGGAUUAUUUGGUGAUGUAAAUACUUAUCAAUUCAAAAAACAGUUUAUUUCUUUUUAUGCACAAAUUGUAUGUAAGUAUUUCGUGAGCUUUAAAUAUUUGGAUGUUGAAUAAAAUUGACGGUCUGGUAAAGCUGGAAAAGUUGAUAUGAAAAAAGAAGGGAUGGAAGAUUAAAGAAAUAUCAAGUGAAAA